UCAGCAUCUUGGUUGAGCUGAAAGAUUUCUUGUGGUUGAAGGAGAACCUAAAAUUGUGGCCAUGUUAUGCAGUCAACGUCACCACCAUUCGCGAAUUAAUGCAGCUGGAUGAAGCAAUACUACAAAUGGAUGAUGGACGCUGCUGGAUAACAACAAUUCACACUCCUAUUUGUGCUGCUCUUCUUUAAUGGCGUUUUCUUCCUCAAUCAUCUCUCUCAAUAGCUGUUGAUUCCCUUUCUUUCUCACCACAUACACUCACUUCAUCAUAGUCCUCGGCAUUGUCCGAAUGAUGCGUGUUAAGGACACUAAAAAUGCAUUCUUCUGACUGAGAUUCUGUUUUAUUUGAAUGUCCUGAUUUUGAGCACUGGAUUGAAUUCAGACAUGGCGAAAAGGUCAUCACGAAUUCCAGAGGUGAGGGAGAGGACUGAGCUGAACUGUAUGUGGGGACUGCUUAGCAUUCUUCAAUCCUGCCAGGGUUUUACAACCCCUAAGGUGAUCUCCAACGGAAGGCCCGUUAGCCGACACGCCAUUGAUCAUCCUAGUAGGCUCGACCAGCUUACCAGCUUUGAUGGUGAAUGUCGAAAGAUACAACUUCAGAAUGUAGAUUUGGAUAGAGUUGCAUUCAAUGGAAGCUACAGAGGUUCGAGGAAUCUUGAAAAACUUUUUACCGGGAACGAUGCGGGACAGAUGGUAGGUAUGGGGCAGCAGCCUGUGAAAAUGGAUUCCAAACUUGUCGAUGAUCUUAUGAAUUGUAAGGAGAGAGCAAGGAAGAAAAGGGACAAGGCUUCUCAGUCAUCUUUCUCUCACAUGGAUAUUUCAGCUGAUUCGACUUACCUGUCUUCUUCUGCAGCUGAAAUAUCAUUGAAAAGGCUCACUUUGGCUGCAUUACUUGAGGCAGUUUCUGCUGAGAAUCACCCGGAAGAGAGUUUGGAGUCUGAAUGUUUUCGGCGAAGCUUGAGUCUUGGAAACUACAGUGCAGCUGAUCCGAUUUACGGGGAGCGGAUGUUUAAACAACAAAGAACAAAAUCUGAUUCAAAAUCCUUCUCCGAUGCAUUAGAAGUGUUGAAUUCGAACAAGGAUAGUAGGAUCAUGGAUCUGUUGCCUGAACCUGAUUCUCUGCUCUCAAGGGGCUCUAAGAAUAUCUGUCGUUCUCGAUCAGAGAGACAAACCAUCAAGUCAUUGCUUGAUGCAAAAUUGACGGAAUACGAGAGGGAGAAUGUGAGGACUUCUGGAAAGACUAGAAGUACACAGGCGAAAAAAGAGAAAAAAACGAAUAAGCGUUCAUUGCAGAAGCUCGGUUAUCAGUGUUCGUGCUCUCCCAAGACAAGUUUAUCCAUCCAACCCAAUGAUAAAAUUGUUGUGCUGCAACCGGCCUCACAGAGUGCAAAAAACGUUGAAUAUGUAUCCUUCCAUUGCUCCACGACUCAGUCACGCAGAAGUUUGAGUAGAAUGAUAUCGGAUGCCACAGCAUCGUCCCUUACUUUCAGAGGAUCGAAGAAGCAGCUGAAGAAUACUGUUGGAAUCCCUAGAGACUGUCCGAGUCAAUGUUCAGUGAAUGGAACUUCAGAUGCACUUGCUCGUAACAAAUCAGCUCGAGAAGCUGGUGAUGACUGUAUCCAUUUUGGGGUCGACAAAAGGAGCUCUUGCACUUCUUCACCCAAUGUGAAUACAGAUGGAGAGCUGUGGAAGAAGCAGGAGCUCAAAUCCAGCAGGGAUCAUAAUGCUGCUUGUUCCCCUGAUAGAAAUGGUAAGAGCAAGAUAGAGUUUGAUGUGAUUUUGGAGGCGAAAAGAAGGCUUUCAGAAAGAUUGGAGAAGCUAAAUGAUGUAGCGGCAGUGCAGGACGAAAAAUCUGUAAGAACCUUGAGGCGGAUUCUGGCUUCACCAAAGCAUGAGUUUUUGCCACUUAGCCCAAGAAGAGAGAGCCAAUAUUGUCCUGGUUCGGCGCAUACGAGAUUAAGUCCUAAUUACGCUUCUCUUGGAGUUGCAGAGAGUGGUUUCGAAAUGCAAAAUGUAAGAGAAAGAGCUUGUCUUAGUCCUUUAAGACCAAACACAGAGAUGGCAUUGUGUGCUGAUUACAAAAAUUAUGAUGCUUCUGAGAAAAGCUCUCUGAUCCCGAGCCCUGAUCAAGCUCACAAAUCCGGUAGUUACAUGGCAGGCAAUAAGAAGUUUAAUGGCGAUCCAAAGAUUGUGGAAACUAAUGGUGUCCUAGAACCCGAAUCAUACAAUCUGGAAGUGUUGAAUGAUGUUAACUCCGGAGGUGUUACGACACCUUUGCUGAUGGCAGACACAACUGACCUGCACAAGGACGAUGACAGUGGAGUACAUUCCUUAAUGGAUUCACUUUCAGAGAACGAAGCUUUUACAUCGACAGCUGAUGAUUUCCAAUCUACGCCUUCGAGCAUCUACCAAUUAGACAUGGCUGAAAACAUCAAAUAUCAAGAAGAGCAUCAAAGCCCAGUUUCUGUCCUUGAACCAUUUUUCAUAGAAGACGGCAACAGUCCACAAAACAUGACCCUUAAAACUGCUCAAAAAAAACUACGGCCACUUCGUCUUGACUUUGAGGAAAACUCAGUUGGGAAUUCACCCCAUGAUCCAGCAACAAGUGAGAGUUCUUGCGCAGAAGAACAAGAUCAUCUCUCUGAGUAUGUGCAUUUGGUAUUGCAGGCUUCUUGUUUAGAUUGGGAUCAGCUGUCAAAAAUCACGAUCCUUCCGGAAGAGUUGCUUUGUCCAUCCUUAUUUGAUGAAGUUGAGUAUCUGCUGACUGAUUGCUUCUUCGAUCCGAAACUUCUGUUUGAUCAUAUAAAUGAGGUUCUGAUAGACAUCCACUGCUCAUAUUUCUGCUCUUGUCCUUCCUCAUCACUUGUGAAACCUAAAACCAUGUCUGAGCCGCUAGCAAAGCUUGUGAUCGAUGAGGUAAUGAAGCAAGCCGACUUCUAUCUACUUCCUCAGACCGAGAGAAGAACACUCAUUCAGCUAGUUUCGAAAGAUGUGGAAAACAGCAGAUCUUGGCUAGAUGUUAGACUCGAUACCGAACAGAUUGUGGCUUACAUUUCUGAAGACUUCCUCGAGGGAUGCAUCAUCGAUACGUUACUCGAGCCGAAACCCAUCACAUGAAAUAAAUACCUUUGUUCAUAUUAUCAGUGUAUUACAUUUUGUAUUUGUCCCUUCUUGUAGGCUUUAAACCAUGUAUGAAGAGAUGUUUCUUGAAUAAAUCACAGUUUACUUUCCUUCAA